AUGAUCGAGGAUGACUUUUACCGCGCGUCCUCACAAUAUCGCUUGUGGUCAUACACCGAGACCUCCCUCCAAUCUAUACGAAGUGCUACGAAUCAAAUUGCCAGUGACAGAGUGCGUGCCGCGUUACGUCGAGCUCGGGAGCAACAUCUAUCCAGCACAACAUCAGCUGCAGUCGAAUCUCAAUCUGAAGGUGCCACGGAAGAGAAAAAUAUCGAAUGCUUGACUCCAGAUGAGGAACUUGUGCUGGUCAGGUACUACUGUGAGAAGACUGUCGAGCUUGGGGAAACAUACAGACCACCUCUUCCCACCAAUGUCCGAGCCACAGCUAUUCAGUAUUUGCGGCGUUUCUACCUUACGAAUUCCCCUAUGACAUAUCAUCCCAAAUCCAUAAUGGCCUGCGCGCUCUUCGUCGCCACAAAGACAGACAACCACUACAUGUCAUUAAGGCAAUUCGCCGAGGGAAUCCCUGGCGACACCACCCCAGAGGACGUCAUUGCCCCCGAAUUCCUUUUGAUGCAGGGUCUCCGCUUCACAUUCGACGUCCGACAUCCCUUCCGUGGCCUCGAAGGCGGUGUCAUGGAGCUCUCGGCCAUUGCCCAAGGCCAAGGUGCAGCCGCACCCCAUCUCCCACACCAUACCUCUGAUAGUCUGAAGCGCGGCAUUCUCUCUCUUGCACCGCCGCCUAUCGCCUGCGCAUCCGUUCAUGAUCGAAUCGGCCGUGCUCACAGUGCUACUCGGGAACUUCUCAAAUCCGCCGCCCAAAUGACAGACGCCUACUUCCUUUACACGCCAUCACAAAUCUGGCUGGCGGCUUUGUUGGUCGCCGAUCGGCCAUUGGCCGAGUUCUAUCUCGACACAAAGCUCGGUGGCCCGCUAGACUCGACCAACGUAGGAGCCGAUGCUUCUUCCCAUCUCCAGAACCCUCUGUACGAGCUUCGUACGAAGCUGUCAAAGGUUUUGAUGGAUUGUGCGGCGCUCUUGCAGUCUUAUACGCCCCUCUCAUCGGACCCAGCCCAAAUGAAAAGUCUGAAGCGCAUCGCCAAGAAGCUGUAUCACUGCCAGAAUCCCGAAAAGGUGAACUUGAAGCGCGAUGUUGCCGCGCCACGAUUGAACCCGGCUGUUGACUCGGCGACGCCAAUGUCCGAGAGUGAGACAGAGCGUUUGGUGAAGAAGCGGAAAACGGAGUCGCAACAGAUCCAGCAAGAAGGACACAGCGUCUUCGGCCCAGAGCUGGUGCCGGACCGGACGAAGCACUAA